AUGGCAUUAUUGGCUGCCCAUCUGCCAGUCUCUGUAGAUACAGAGAAAGGGACCAUCCUGGCCAAGAGAUUCUUAUCCAGAUAUGGCUGGUCAGCAGUGUCUUCAGCACGGAGUCCUAACCUCGAGAGGACAACAGAGGCCCCAGCAAGCAUCUCCCUGGCAGAUGCCAUGCGCAGGUUCCAGAAGGCAAAUGCCUUGCCUGUCAGUGGGAAGCUGGACACAGCCACACUAGUGGCCAUGAACAAGCCACGCUGUGGUGUCCCUGACACACAGCUGCCAUCCCAGACCACUCUGUCGACCCCUCUAGGUCUACAGCCCAGGGCCCGACCAAAGCGCUUCCUGCAAAUGCUGCUGCCCAAGCUGGACAGGCAGCAGGAGGACUCUUCACACAGUGGAGCCACCAGGGCCUUCUCCAGAAAGACUCUGACCUGGCGGCUGGUGGGUGAGGCCUACAGCAGCCAGCUCUCUGUGGAUGAGCAGAGGUACAUUUUCAAACUGGCCUUCAGGAUGUGGAGCGAGGUGAUACCUCUGAACUUCCGGGAGGACCUCACUGCCCCUGGGGCUAUGGUGAACAUAAAACUGGGUUUUGGAAGAGGGCGGCACCUGGGCUGUACUCGAGUGUUUGACGGGAGUGGACAGGAGUUCGCUCAUGCCUGGCGCCUGGGUGAUAUUCACUUCGAUGACGAUGAGCACUUUACACCUCCCACCAGUGACACAGGCAUCAGCCUUCUCAAAGUGGCUGUCCACGAAAUUGGCCAUGUCCUCGGCUUGCCUCACAUCUACAGGACGGGAUCCAUAAUGCAUCCAAACUAUACUCCCCACGAGCCUGCAUUCGAGUUGGACUGGUCAGACAGAAAAGCAAUUCAAAAGCUGUAUGGUUCAUGCAAGGGAUCCUUUGAUAUUGCAUUUGACUGGAUUCGCAAAGAAAGAAAUCAAUAUGGUGAAAUGAUGGUGAGAUUUAGCACAUAUUUCUUUCGAAACAGCUGGUACUGGCUUUACGAAAAUAGAAACAACAGGACACGAUAUGGGGAUCCUAUCCAAAUCCUCACAGGCUGGCAUGGAAUCCCAGCGGAAAAUAUAGAUGCGUUCGUCCACAUCUGGACACGGAGACGAGAUGAGCGUUAUUUUUUUAAAGGAAGCCAAUACUGGAGAUAUGACGGUGACAAGGAUCAGGCCCUCUUAGAAGAUGAACAAGGAAGAAGCUACCCCAGACUGAUUUCAGAAGGGUUUCCUGGCAUCCCCAGUCCCCUGGACACUGCCUUUUAUGACCGAAAGAAGCAGUUAAUUUACUUCUUUAAGGAGUCCUUUGUAUUUGCAUUUGAUAUCAACAGAAAUCAAGUACUUAAUUCUUAUCCAAUGAAGCUCACUGAAGUCUUCCCAGCAAUAACCCCACAAAACCAUCCCUUCAGAAAUAUAGAUUCAGCUUACUACUCCUACGCACACAACUCCAUUUUCUUUUUCAAAGGCAAUGCAUACUGGAAAGUAGUUAGUGAAAAGGACAAACAACAAAAUUCCCGGCUUCCUUCUAAUGGCUUAUUUCCAAAAAAGCAUAUUUCAGAGAAGUGGUUUGAUCUUUGUGAUGUCCACAUCUCUACACUGAACAUGUAAUGAGAGGCAGUUGGAGCCCAGCUUGAGU